AUGGGUAGCAGGCACAUUUUAGCCAUACCUUAUCCAGCACAAGGCCAUGUGAUUCCCCUGCUAGAAUUCUCUCCACAUUUAGCCAAACAAGGGUUUGAAAUCACCUUCGUGAACACAGAGCACAAUCACAAACGUGUAAUGGGUGCUCUAGCAGAAACGGAUCAUAUAGGGGAUGCUAAUAUUCACCUAGUCUCACUCACAGAUGGCAUGGAACCUGGUGCGAAUAGAAAUGAACUUGGAAUUUUACUGAAAAGCGAAGAGAUUAAGUUAGCGCCAUCAGUACCUACAACCAGAACGGAAAGCUUGCCCUGGGCAUGUUUUGGCAACGAAGAGACACAGAAAAGUAUAUUUCAAGCUUGCUUAAGAAACAAAAAAGCAGUGGAAGUGGCAGAUUGGCUUAUAUGCAAUACAGUUUAUGAACUUGGGGUACGAGUUUUCAUCUUGGCUCCUCACAUUCACCAAAUCGGCCCACUUUUAGCAAGCAAUCGCCUCGGAAAUUCCGGCCAGAAAGACUCAACUUGCCUGAAAUGGCUCGACCAGCAAUCUCCAUGCUCCGUCACUUACGUCGCAUUCGGAAGCUUCACAGUUCUAGACAAAACUCUAUUAAGGGAAUUAGUCCUGGGGUUUGAGCUUACAGGCAAGCCAUUUCUCGUAGUGAGGCCAGACCUAACUACAGAAAACCCUAACAAUGUCUUCCCGUUGGGGUUUCAAGAGAGGAUAGAAUCUCGUGGGAAGAUUGUGUGUUGGGCUCCACAACAGAGGGUUCUUAAUCAUCCCUCGAUCGCUUGCUUUGUGAGCCACUGUGGCUGGAAUUCAACCCUCGAAAGCCUCAGCAAUGGCGUCCGGUUCCUGUGUUGGCCGUACUUCGCCGAUCAAUUUCUUAAUGAGAACUACAUUUGUGUUAUAUGGAAGGUGGGGUUGAGAUCGAAGAAGGACGAACAUGGAAUUGUUACAAGAACGGAGAUUAAAAAGAAGGUGGAGAAACUCCUUGCCGAUGAGGAUUUGAAACAGAGAAUUCAAAAACGGAAGAAAACGAUGUCGGAAAGUGUGGAAGAAGGCGGUCGAUCUUACAAAAUUUCAACAAUUUCAUUAAUUGGUUGAAAACUUGAAAACAUAACAUGACGGACCUUUAUACUCACAAUCAUAAUAUC